GUGGUCCCCGGAGGGUGGAGAUGGCGGCUACCGGGGAGUCCUCUCCGGAACCCGCGGCUUCAGAACCGCUAGCAGAGCUGCCUGCCUCGGUGCGGGCGAGCAUCGAGCGGAAGCGGCAGCGGGCGCUGAUGUUGCGCCAGGCCCGACUGGCCGCUCGGCCUUACCCGGCGACGGCGGCUGCGGCUACCGGAGGUGUGACUAAUGUAAAAGCAGCCCCAAAGAUAAUUGACACACGAGGAGGCUUCAUUCUAGAAGAGGAAGAAGAAGAACAUAAAAUUAAAAAAGUUGUUCAUGAACCAGGACCUGUUAUGGAAUUUGAUUAUACAAUAUGUGAAGAAUGUGGUAAAGAAUUUAUGGAUUCUUACCUUAUGAACCACUUUGAUUGGCCAACUUGUGAUAACUGCAGGGAUGCUGAUGAUAAACACAAGCUUAUAACCAAAACAGAAGCAAAACAAGAGUACCUUCUGAAAGACUGUGAUUUAGAAAAAAGAGAACCAACUCUUAAAUAUAUUGUGAAGAAGAAUCCUCAUCAUUCACAAUGGGGCGAUAUGAAACUCUACCUAAAAUUACAGAUUGUGAAGAGGUCUCUUGAAGUUUGGGGUAGUCAAGAAGCAUUAGAAGAAGCGAAGGAAGUCCGACAGGAAAACCGAGAAAAAAUGAAACAGAAGAAGUUUGAUAAAAAAGUUAAAGAGUUACGGCGAGCAGUAAGAAGCAGUGUGUGGAAAAGGGAAACAGUUGCUCAUGAACAUGAGUAUGGACCAGAAGAAAAUGUAGAAGAUGACAUGUACCGGAAGACUUGUACUGUAUGUGGCCAUGAAUUGACGUAUGAGAAAAUGUGAUCACACUCAGUAAAAACUGAUUCUCUAUGGGCAGCAAGACCUUCCUGGGACCAAAAAAGCAUCUGUCUUGAUGACAACAGAGUAACUAGGGGUUCACGCUGCUGAGACAGCAUCACUACUAAUUCCACUUACUGUGGACCUUGGGUAAGUUAUUUACCAGGCUUGUCUUUAUCUUGUCUGUUGGGCAUAAUCAUUUCAUAAGACUAUUGUGAGGAUUAAAUAAGAUGAAUCUGUACCACCUGGCACAAAACAACUACUUGUUUAUGAGCACAUACUGAAAAUCCGAGAGAUUGUGAAAAUCAAAUAGAUCUGUCUAGUUGAGGUUUGCUUCUGUUCACUCUUUACCUUCCUGGUGUCCAGAUACCACUGCUAGCCAAAUCUGCCCGGGCUGGCAAGUUCUUUCCUCAUCUUUCAGGUAAGAUUAUAAAUUAGUAAAUUAUACAAGUCACUACUAAAUACUUCAUAGGAAAAGCAAACAAAACUUCCUUAAUAAUUCCUAGAUGGGAGAUUCAGAAUCAAGGAAAACAAAGUACAUAUUCAUUUUUGACAGAAACAUG